AUGACUUGUAGUUCACGAAUACUAUUACCAUUUGCAUUAUGGCCUGAAACUCCUCCAUCAUUAUCCGUAUCAUCAUUAUUUAUAAAUUUUGCAAGUGAUGAUCUUAUAACAGGUACAAAUGAUGGUUUUAUUGUUUGCUGGAAAAUUUUAUCUGAUCAUCAAAAAAUUAUUCCAAGAUUAAUGUUAAUUGGUCAUACAAAUCAAAUUUCAUUUAUUGUUGCUUCAAUAUCAACACAUCAACUCGAACAAUUUAUUACUAUUUCAGAUACUGAUGGAGAAAUUAAAUUAUGGAAUAAUGAAGAUGGUCAUUGUAUUGAACAUAUACGAACUAAUCUUAAACAUCGUUCUGUUCAAUGUUUUAAUUAUCAAUUAACAAAUGAAAAUUUUCUUAUAUGUUGUGGUUGUUAUUCUGAAAUACUUGUUUAUGAUAUGCGUACACUUGAAAUUAAAUAUACUCUUACACCAUCAAAUGUUAAUGCUGAUUGGAUAUCAACAUUUUUUGUUUUUCAAAAAACAAAUGCACCAGAUGUUAUUAUUGUUAUUGGAUUACUUGAUAGUGGUUGCGUUAAAUUAUGGGCAUUUGAUCCUCGUACAGCUACUUCAAACACAGCUGUUGAAGGUACAAGUAUAGGAAAUAAUAAUAAUAUUAUACCAGUUGAUCUUAAAGAACAUGAAAGUAAAGAAAUUCGUACACAAUUUGGUUCAAUUAUUGUACCUUGUGAAGAAUGUCAAAGAAUGAUGCUUAUUGUUCAUGGUCAAGGUUGGCAAAUAUUUGAUGGAAUUGAUUUUACGGAAUUAUGUUCAUAUGUAACGGAUGAAAAAGAUAUUGUUAAAAAUGAACAUUGGAUAAAUGGAUAUUUUCCAACACCAGAUUUAGUUUUACUUUUUUCUGCUCGAGGUUAUGGACAUAUUUUUCGUCUUCCAGAAAAUGCUACAUUUAUGAAUUCUAAAUUUCGUUCACAACAUAAUAAAACUGAUUUACAAUUACCACAAUGGUUAUGUAGAUUAAGCGUUGGAAAUGAAUUAAAACUUGCCCAAACACCAAUGUUUUCUUGUCAUACAAAAUUAAAACAAUGUCAAGUUUAUCGAGCUGAUUCCUCAGGUCAAAUAUCUGUUUGGCAUAUAAAUGUAAAACAUUUUUCAACAGAUGCCGAUAUUCUUCCAACAUGUUCAAUUUCUUACAAUGAUAUUUGGUCACAUGCAUUAACAAAUAUUCGGACUAUAAGAAAAAUUUUAAAUGAUAUAUUACCAAAUAAAAUAAAUAAAUUGACAGCAUCAUGUCAUUUAAUAACAAUGGAUCGUCUUGCAUUUGGUACUGAUAAUGGAAAAAUUUAUAUAAUGCCAGCAUUAAAACUUAUUUCAAGUCUUUUUUUAAAUAAUAAUCAACAUAAAGAAAACUUUGAUAUUCAAACACUUAAUGGUCAUAAUCAAACAAUAACAUGUUUAAUUCAUCCACAUAGUGAAUAUUCACGUUAUGAUAUUCAACAUUUGGUUAGUGGUAGUAACGAUCAUUCAAUCCGUUUAUGGGAUUUAUCAACAAGUACACAAUUACAUAUGUUUACUGUACAUUCCGGUACAAUUCUUAUGUUUCACAUUCCACCACCAAUGCUUAACGUUAAAGUACAAUAUUGUAUUUGUGCAAUAGCUAGUGAUCAUAGUGUUUCAUUAAUUAGUUUAAAAGAACGUAAAUUAGUUUUAUUAGCUAAUCGACAAUCAUAUCCUGUUGUUGGACUUCGUUGGAGAAUAAAUGAUGAUUUUUUACUUAUAAAAUGUUCGGAUGGAAGUUUAUUUAUUUGGCAAAUUGAAACAGGAAAUCUUGAUCGUGUUGAAUAUGGAAUAUUAGCUGAAGAAUUAUUUGAAUGGUAUAAUGAUCCAAGAAUACUGAGUGCAAAUAAUGAUCUACAAAAUGAUCCAUUAUCAACAGUAAUGGUAUCUUCACAUUAUUUUCAAAUAAGAUCAACUGGAAAAAGAAAAGAUAAUGAUCAAUUAAGAAAAUUAAAUAAAAAAUUCGGUACUUCACGUCAUGAUUUAAUGAGUACAUCAUCAUUUAAACAUACUGAAUAUCGUUUACCAAUUAUAAUACAACAAUUUCAUACUAAUAUUGGCGAUGAUUUAGCAAUACUUAUUCUUUUUGAUUUACUUCAACUUAUUAGUCAAAUCAUUGUGUUCGAUCUUGAAAAACAACACGCUCAAAAAUCUAAACAAAUUGAAAUAACAAAUAAAGAUACUCGUAUACAAUUAGAUCAAACAUCGACAUCAUUAUCAAUCUUAUCAAAUUUACUUAUUUCAUUACUUCAUCCAUGGUCAUUUGAUAAAAAUAUUGAUAAAAUUUGUCAAGAACGUCUUCGUCUUAAUCGUGUUAAUCGAUUUUUAUCCUAUGGUAUAUUAAGUAAAAAUGAACAUUUAACUAUUGUUUUACCGACAUGGCAACAAUAUUUAAAUGAUAACGUACCUGAGACAUUUUUAUCCGUUUCUGAUACACUUAUUUCAUUUGCUGGAAUGGAAACAGAUGAUAAUGAAACAUUAAAACAAAAACAAAACCGAAUUGAAAGUUAUGUAUAUCAAUGGCGAUGGACAUGUUCUACAAUUCUUAAUACUGAACAUUUAUUAAGUUCAGUAACAAUGGUCUAUAUUUUAAUGAAUUGUGAUCGUUGGAUUAAUAAUAUAUCAAGUGAUCAAGAUGAACAAGCACUUUUAUCACAACGAGAGAGUUGGAGUAGAUUAUUACAAUUUUAUUGUUCAGAUAUGCUUGAACAAUGUCAAACAAAAGUUUUUCAAUCAUUAUCAAUUGAAAUCUUAUGUUCACAUUGGCAAGAUUUAUGCUUAGAAUUACGUGAUGCUGCUNUGUUCUUCUAUAUUUAG